GCCGGGAUGUUACUCAGGAAAUUUCUACUCAACUCAGAUCCCUGCGGCUCUGCAGCAACACGGGCGACACCAUGAGCACAGAAGGUGCCGUCAUCUCCUACGAUGAUGUGAAGAAGCUGAUUGGCUCUGGAGACAUCCAGAUAUUUGACGUCAGGACGGUGGAGGAAGUGACCAAUGGGAGGAUUCCCGGCUCCGUAAAUAUUCCAGUCACAGAAAUAGAAGAUGCCCUGAAGAUGGAUCCUGAAGCCUUCAAAGAGAAGUACCACGUGGCCAAACCACAGCCCAAUGACCACAACCUCGUGUUCCACUGCCAGAUGGGCCGUAGGGGGCAGAAGGCCACAGACAUCGCCCUGGGCCUGGGAUACCAGCACGCCCGGAAUUAUCUUGGCGCUUACAAGGAAUGGUCAGAAAAAGAAGGAAAAUGAAGAAACGCUUCGUCCGUGGCCUCAGAUAUUCGCUGCUAAAUAAAUGUCAAUUAUUCUA